CUGCCAGUCGGCGGUCGGCCGCUGCCCGGGCCGCCGUGCCGGUGGAUGUCAAAGGCUGAAGCGGCGGCGCCGCCACAGUAUAACUCGUGGGGGCUGCGCGGCGGCCAUGGCCACAGCCGCCUCCAACCCCUACAGCCUGCUCGGCUCCGGCUCGCUCGCCCAUGCGGACGGCGCGGGCAUGCAGCAGGGGAGCCCCUUCCGCAACCCGCAGAAGCUGCUGCAGAGCGAGUACCUGCAGGGCGUCCCGGGCAAUGGGCACCCGCUGGGGCAUCACUGGGUGACCAGCCUCAGCGACAGCGGGCCCUGGCCCUCGGCGCUGGCCGGCGGCCCGCUGGAGCAGCCCGACGUGAAGCCGGGCCGCGAGGACCUGCAGCUGGGCGCCAUCAUCCACCACCGCUCGCCCCACGUCUCCCACCACUCGCCCCACGCCAACCACCCCAGCGCCUGGGGCGCCAGCCCGGCCCACAGCGCCUCGCUGGCCCCCCCCGCAGCCGCUGCCGCCGCCGCCGCCGGGCAGCCCCUCAACGUGUACUCGCAGGCGGGCUUCGCGGUGGGAGGCAUGCUGGAGCACGGCGGGCUGACCCCGCCGCCCGCCGCCGCGCAGGGCUUGCACCCGGGGCUGCGGGGCGAGGGCGGCGGGGAGCACGGAGAGCUGGGCGGGCACCACUGCCAGGACCACUCGGACGAGGAGACGCCGACCUCGGAUGAGCUGGAGCAGUUCGCCAAACAGUUCAAGCAGCGGCGCAUCAAGCUGGGCUUCACCCAGGCCGACGUGGGGCUGGCCCUGGGGACCCUCUACGGGAACGUCUUCUCGCAGACCACCAUCUGCCGCUUCGAGGCCCUGCAGCUCAGCUUCAAGAACAUGUGCAAGCUGAAGCCGCUGCUGAACAAGUGGCUGGAGGAGGCCGACUCCUCCACCGGCAGCCCCACCAGCAUCGACAAGAUCGCGGCGCAGGGGAGGAAGAGGAAGAAGCGCACCUCCAUCGAGGUGAGUGUCAAGGGCGUGCUGGAGACGCACUUUCUCAAGUGCCCCAAGCCGGCCGCCCAGGAGAUCUCCUCGCUGGCAGACAGCCUGCAGCUGGAGAAAGAGGUGGUGCGGGUCUGGUUCUGCAACCGGCGGCAGAAGGAGAAGCGGAUGACCCCGCCGGGCGAGCAGCCGCAGCACGACGUCUAUUCCCACGGCGUGAAAACGGACACGGCCUGCCACGACCUCUGACCGGGGCUGUCCGGGCAGGCAGGACUGCGGGCAGCGCGGAUUUUCCGCCGGGGCUUUAACUUAUGGUUUCCGAGAGGCAGGAGACGCGGAGCGGGGGCUCCCCGCCCGCCGCCUGGGCAAUAUUUUUUCUCUCUCCGACCUUUCCGCUGAUCAGUGCACGGUGUUUACUCGCAGACAAGGUUUGGUUUCGGUCACGACUAAGACGAACGGGGAAAAAAAACAAAAACAAAACACACAUAAAACGGGGAAAAAAAAAAGGAAAAAAGAAAAAAAACUCAUGGGAAAAAGGAAAAAAAAAAAGAAAACCGACAGAAAAGGAAAGACAGAUGUGUGCCUAUGAAUAACCUUCCAGCGCCUUGGUUAUAUCAGCUGUAUUUCAGGUGAAUCUGUUUUACAAUAGACUAGUUUUGCAUUUUUAAAGACUUAUAUAGCGUUUUUAAAUGUCUGAGGUGUUUUACUACAAACUGUACACAAUAUUUGUGACCUAAUUUGUAUCGAAUUGAGCAGGCAAAACGUUUCUCCCUUCCCCACGCACCGGCAAUGUCACCCAGUGGGGACGGGGCAGGGCGGCUGCGGCCCUUCCCCCUCACCACCACCACCCCCCCUCGAGGAAUGGGGUUCCCCUCCGCGCCCGCGGAGACCCGCGCACCCCACUGCUGCCCGCGCUGUUCUGAAAAACGGGCUUAUUUGUUGCAGCUUUUCUCUUCCUUUUCCAAGAGCUUCCCAACACCGUAAACCGGCCGGGUUCCGAUCCUGACCUCUCCCCUCUUCUCCCAAGGAAAAGAAAAAUAAUAAAAGUAAUUAUUUAAAAGAGAUUUAUCCGAAAUUAAGCACCGCAAACAAACCCGUGGCAUUUGCCAGUCGCUUUCUUUCCGAAGAUGAGUUGGGCUUUUUAAUCAGCGCCAGACUGAGAGGUCUGUAGUAAAACACCUUUAUACUCCUGCGCUUUGGCUUCGGAAAUCGGUUUCUCUGUAUUUUGUUUCGAUAGUGAAGAGGAAUGGGGGGGUGGGGGGUGGCUCAUGAUUUCUUUUUGGAGGGGAGAGGGACAGCAAACACCCGCAUUUGGUUCACGCUGAGCUUAUUUCCGCGUCACAGGGAGAUGCUGGAUUUGUUGAAAAGCUUUUAUUAAGAAAAACAAAAACAAAACACCGCAACCACGAACAGGGAGGAAAAAACAAAACAAAG